AUGAACAACUCUGACCACCGGAUCCGCCACGACGACCACGACCGUUCAACGCUGCAGGGCGUCCCAGGUCAAUAUCCAGGAGCUAGUACUGCUGGGUCCGUUCACAAACACGAAGCCCCAGACAAUAUUCGCCCAGAAUUCAAUCUGCUCGUCGCGGGCUGUCGAGGAGGUCAGUCUCCUAAUUUCCAAUUCCGCCCCGGUGUGUCUUGCGAGCGCGAAUCGUGCAAAAGCGUCGCGCAACACGGCCUGGUGGUUAUGAAACUCCGGGGUUCCGUCCUCAAUGCUGACCGUUCUGUUUGCGCUCGGAUCAGUGUCGUCUCCCAGCGGGUUACCAAGGAUCAGUUGGCGUCGGUCGCAAAGUUUGUCCAGGGGUGCAGUGGCCAUACCUCGUACAUACGGGCGGCCUCCAUAGAUAUUCUUCUCGAUGACGGCACGGGCCAGCAUCAACCGCUGGGGCUCACUCUCAUCGAUACUCCUUCUCUGGACUUUCGAGACGAGGUUGCUGCAGACCGUAUCCUUACCGAAACCUUGCGGCAUAUAGAUUCCCGUUUCGCGGAAGGUCUUGAUGAUGAAUGGAAAGCGCAGAGCGGUGACCGUUAUGUUCAUCUCUGCAUCUACUUUUUGGACCCGGACCAGAUUGUACCGCCGUCAGUUCCGGGGCCUCCUGCCCCGCUCAUUCCCCGAACACGCACCAACAGCUUCUCACAGCCCGACCAUGAGCCCGUAAUUCUCGAGCCCCCUGUGACUACUAACCCUCUCCUUGCCCGUCCUACCCUCCCCCAGGCCGACAUCGCGGCCAUACGCCGUCUGUCAGGACGUGUCAAUGUCCUCCCUGUGAUCGCCAGAGCGGAUAUCUUAUCGAAUGAUCGAUUGGCGGCUGUCAAACUCGCCAUACGCAGGGAUCUCGCCGACGCUGGCAUUGGCUUCGGGAUAUUUGAUACGGAUAGUACACCGUAUCCCCAGGACGAACGGCCAAACUCUGCCAAUAGGCCCGACUCUUCGAACGGGUAUGGGCACGGUCCCAACGGAGCUUCAGCAGCCAACAGCACGCCCCCGACGUCGCCUACGUCGCCGCCAUUGCUCCGCCUACCCUAUGCUCUUAUUUCUCCAGACAUGUAUUCUCAUAGUGACGGCGUUUCUAGAAGGACGCUGUCCCGACAUGAGCUGGUGCAACAAUACACGCCGUCUACACACUAUUCAAUUCCUUCUCCCUACCCCCGCGGCAAAUUCAUCCGCUCUUACAGAUGGGGCACCCUGGAUGUUCUGGAUUCUGCCCACAGUGACUUUCUCUCGCUCCGCGCCGCUAUUUUUCAUCACAUGGAGACUCUACAGCGUUAUACCCGAUUAUAUUUGUUUGAGAAAUUUAGGUCGGAAUAUACCCUGCAGCGCCCUACCUCUCGGCAUUCGUCCAACAUUUCACACCUAUCCCACAUCCCUACUAUGCAACACACAUCUAGACCUAUCUUGGCUAUCGACACUGCUCCUCAGCCUCUUGCGCAUCCUCGUUCUAUUACUGUACAACAACAACCGCCUCAACAACAACAACAGCGACACGACGGAUAUCCUGGUGAUGUUCGCAGCGCACCCCCACCUCGUACUAACCUUCCAGAGUCUAUCCCUGCCAGCAGCGCCGGUAGAGCUGCUAUGGCCACGAGGAAAUUGAAAUGCGACGGAGGCCGUCCUACUUGCGGCCAAUGUUUGAAACGUAACAAUCCUUGUGACUAUAUGCCCCAAAAUAAACGACGUGGGACACAGAGACAGAGGAAAGGCGACGAAAGCGGCAGCGACAGUGGAGACGAGAGAUCUGCCGAGGCAGAUGAGCCUUCUCUUUCUCCUGAAAUUCCCUCCCAAACCCCUUCACGCCGAAGUUCCAAUGUUGGACGACACCAGCAUGAGGGGUACACACCUUCUUUACCGUCUAUGUCUACCAUGAGCGAGCGCCGUGAUGAUUCUUCGGCCGCUUCCUCCUCUCGACUCAAAGUGGACUCUGCAUCCAUGGGAGAAAGUUCGCGCAGGUAUUUCCCCGACAACGAGGUACCCCAUAUCGCGACUUUACCUAUGACAGAACCUCCCACACCUGCACCGAUGUCUGCCCCGAACCUCCCUCCCAUCAGACCUGCCUCCGACCUUCAAGCUGCACAACGGAAACGAGCAGCCACUGUCCCCGGAAAAAUUGGUCGGCAAUCUACCAGCUCCGGACCAAAGGUUGUGGCGUGUAAUUACUGUCGAGCUCGCAAGACAAAGUGCGACGGAGCACAUCCCGCGUGCGCGAGUUGCGCCCGUCGACAGCUCGACUGCAAUUAUGUGCAUGAAUCAGCCUAUUCGAACGGACCUGGGCAAAAGAAAUCACGUCGCUCGUCAACGUCGAAGCCCGACUCUCCUCGGUCAGUGUCACCUCCUUCGUCGAGAAUGAUACCAACACCAUCUACCGGAAAUGAUUUGCACGAUAGCCGGGAUGUGGAGAUGCACUUUGGCGACGAGGUUGAUUUAAAAAGGCCCAUGGAACAUGGCGAUAUCAGCCGGGCCCCAAAGAAAAUGAGGAUGGAUAAUCACCCGGCGCCUGCUGGUAUACCCUAA